AUGCCCCCUGCCCACACUACGCUGGCCGGGACCAAGACCAGCCAGUAUUAUGGCGGGCGGACAUCGAAAUCAGGAUUGGAUACCUGCACGCAUGGUCCUAUCCUCUCUAGACAGAGAGACUCGCCAGUGAAGCCAGCUCGGAUGCCGCCCCCGCCGUUUUUGCCUUUUGAGCCUCUCAUCCAAAUUGCUGUGAAGCACACCUUUUCGGCACUUGAGGAAGAAUACAUCAUAAAGCACCGAGAGCCUGGGAUGUCUUUCUUCCGCAAGAGCUGGGGCCGCGGUGAUAAAUCAGAACCGAAGGCAGAACCUGAAAAGAGUAGUACGCAAGUGACACAAGCGACAACGAAACCCGGGCCGGGAUCAGAAUUCCCGUUCGAGGAGAGGAUGAGAGCGAGAUAUCAUGAUUCUGCAAAAUUGAAAACAUCGCUGGAUUCGAUCUAUGGCCAAGGGAAUUAUAAAGUCAAGGUAUACUGCUGUUACUACAAGACACGCUCAUUUACGGCCGGUCUGAUAUACCCCCUGGUAAAUCCACAAGUUGAACUGAACGAACUAACGUAUUCGGGUUUGGAGGGCGAGCUAGCAGUGAUCGAACAGCGCAUUAGAGUCCACUACAGCGAUUGA